UCGUCCGCCGUGUUUUUAAGUUUGUGUUUCCGUUGGUGGAAUGAGGAAUUUCCAUUCGCCCUACUUCCGUGACUCAAGCGAUAGUGAAGACGACGCCGACAUUGACGUGGAGCAGCUAGAUGCAACGCACUUUCUGCCUGCCCAAAUUGAAGAUCUUUUAGGUGUAAUCGAGUACGAUUUGGACGGUGAGGAAGUAUUAAACGGUGUGUCCGAUUCAGCAACAAUGGACGAUACGGACAGUGAUGACACGUACGAGGAGGAGGACGACAGUCAAAUGUCCGACACUAGCUCGGGUUCCGAUUUGGUCAGCGGGAACAAGGCCGAUCCUGCGAAAAAGACAGCAAACGGUGAAAACAACAGUUCAUCCGAUUCGGAUUCGGACACGGAGGCUGCCACCAGCAAUAAGGGCGCAAAAAAGGGCCUAGAUGGUGAAAGCACAUCCGAGUCUGGUCCGUCCCAUCGGGUGAUUGACGAUUACGAUGAAGAGAUGGAGGAAGAUGACGUUAUAAAAGCGAUCAUAACGGAAAUUAAAAAACCACGCUCAAAACCAGCCGACAUCCAGACGGAAGACUUUGUCGUGGACCUAUCGUUUCAUCCGUGUGAAGAUAUUCUUGCCGUUGGCUCGUCUGUUGGCGAUGUGCUACUGUACAAAUAUUCGAACGAGCAGAACGUCCUCACAGCAACGCACGAGCUGCACACGAAAGCGAUCCGUUGUGUAGAGUUUAUGCGCGACGGCCUCUCGAUCAUCUCGUCCGGCCGGGAACGUACGGUUGCGGUGGCCGACACGGAAACUGGCAAAUUUAAACGGGUCUGGGAAGGGGCACACAAUGAACCGGUGUACUCGAUGGCAGUACUUGGUGAACAUUUGUUUGCGACCGGUGAUGACGACGGGGAGGUGAAGCUGUGGGAUGUACGGCAGAGGGAUGCCGUGUUUGGAUUGCGACCGGUGGAGGACUUCAUUUCGUGUAUACUUUCGAACGGUCAGCAACAGAAGUAUUUGCUGAUGACGAGUGGUGACGGUUUGCUAACGACGAUUAACAUUGCUCAGCGUAAAAUGUACGUUCAAUCAGAACCCUACGAAGAGGAACUCAACUGCAUGGGAACGUUCAAGCGCGAAAGCAAGCUUGUAGUUGGCACAUCGAAAGGUAACUACUACACCUUCAACUGGGGCCAGUUCGCGUACCACUGCGAUGCAUUUACCGGUCCGAAAGCAAGCGCAAACCGCAUGGUACCGAUAACGGAACAGAUAGCCGUGAUGGCCGGUGAGGAUGGCAUUAUCCGGGCGAUGCAUCUGGUGCCGGGCCGGGUACUCGGUAUCGUCGGUCAGCAUUCAAUGGCCAUCGAUACGAUGGACAUCAGUGGGAGCGGUGAGCUAAUAGCGACCAGCUCGCAUGACAACGAUGUGCGCUUCUGGAACAUAAAAUACUUCGAAGACUUUGACGGCAUCAAGUACAACAGUAAACCGGACAAGCGAACGUUGAAGCAUAACCUCCCAUCAUCGCAGGGUGUCAAUGCAAAGGAUUUCUUUGCUGGGUUAAAUGAGUAG